UUGUGCAUAAACAUGUGCAUAUUAUCGUCACACGUGGAGAAACUCAGUUGACUUUAAAAAUUUUUUCAAGUAAAACGUCAAAGCUAUGCCUUCGAGAUCACUCGUCACUUUUAUCAUACUCAGCUUUAGCUGUGUCCCAUUGGACAUUAGCCUCCUAUGCAUCUUUCCAUACACCAGCAUCUUCGAGUCAAUCACGGUAGAAGCCACCCCCACCUCACCUCAAGAAGGCAUGGCAGUCAAAAGUCUGUUCGACGAACUGAAGCAGCACACGGAAAACGCGUACAACGAGGCGCGUGACAACUGGAAGAGACUGAAGCUCGACCUCCUGAGGGGAAUAUCCAUCGGCGAGACGAACCACGCGAUAGCCAAAAACAAAAUGUUGAAGCUUAUCAGGAGGGUCGAAAGGGCUUACCGGAAAAUCAUGAACGGAACCGAUGAAAAUUAUUACACCUUUGCUGGGCUCUACGCCGAAUUGACGAACGAAAUUCGGCAUUUUGGUAAUCGCGGAGCCAAGACUUACCUAAAAUUGCGGGAGCUGCUCUACUACGUCAAACAAAACGUCGCUGUUAUGAAGGGGAGAAACAUGUACACCGAACUAAACCAGCUGGAGACCCAGUGGGAGCCGAUGAAGUCGAGGUGGGACGAUUUCACGAUCCUCUUGAUCAGAGGCAUCGAUCGAUCGGACAAUCCAACUGCCCACAUCGCGGUGAAGGAGUUACUGUCCCAAGUAAGGGCUGCUUUCGAUUCGAUAGUUUUCAGGCGUUACAAUAACUACGAAGAUUUCGAUCGGGCGUACGGUGAACUGAUGAAAAUCUCGGAUGACGUGAAAAAACACCUUAACAUAGAGGAAAUCACUAUCUCCUUGGAAGCGUUUGGCUCGUUCGUGCAAAGGUACAGGGAAUACGUGGAUAACUCUCAACAACUCGUUUCAUCGACUCGUGAUGCCUAUGCGAGGAAAAACUUGUUAGACGCGGCGAAUGCCAUUCUCCGCGUUAUUUAA